UCUUCUGUAUGAUGUUUACAUUAUCAUUCUGUGGGUGUUGCUGACCUCCUAUGGAAGAGGACCCAGCAGCAGCAGUGCCAUGCGUGGGUUUCACUCCAAGCUGGACUUGUCCUCCUCUGCAGGGGGUGCUGGGGGUACGGGCGGCUCCAUGCUCCUGAGCCUGGCUGUGGAGACAGAGAGAGCCCGGGCCCUGCUCCAGACCUUCUCCUCUGCCUCCCUGGGGGCCUUCUGUGUGCUGGCUGACCACGUCAUGCAGCUGACCCUGCUCCAACAGCAGCGCUCGACAACACCGUCCAUGGUCUGAUAGGCCUCUGGUCCUGGACUAUAGUUACAGGCCUCAGGAAGAAGAGUGACUUCUAUUAAAUAAUAUUAGCAGGGAUACUGGCCUCUCUUCUGGAGCUGGACCACUUCUAUAUGGCUGGCUUUCUGUCUCUCAAAGUAAGGAAGUGUUAAUGAAGCAUAGAUAAUAAUAAAUAAUAAUAAUAAGCCAUUUAGCAGACGCUUUUAUCCAAAGCGACUUACAGUCAUGCGUGCAUACAUUUUUGUGUAUGGGUGGUCCCGGGGAUUGAACCCACUACCCUGGCGUUACAAGCGCCGUGCUCUACCAGCUGAGCUACAGAGCUUCCAUCAAUAGCCUUUUAUUAUAGACAGACAAGUUUCAUGUCUCUGAUAUCUGCAAUCAAGAACCUUUCAUCACAGACAAACAAGUGUAAUGUCUCUGAUAUCUUCCAUCAAUAGCCUUUUAUCAUAGACAGACAGACAAGUUUCAUAUCUGAGAUCUUCAAUCAACAACCUUUUAUAUUUUCUGCUAUUGGCACGUCUAUUGUCUAAUCUGUUUCCUCUCCUCCUCCCCCUCCCCCUCCUCCUCCUCCUCAUCCUCCUUCUCCUCCUGCCCCUCCUCCUCCUCCAUCUCCUCCUCCAUCUCCUCCUCCUCCUCCAUCUCCUCCUCCUCCAUCUCCUCCUCCUCCAUCUCCUCCUGCCCCUCCUCUUCCUCCUGCUCCUCCUCCAUCUCCUCCUCCUCCUCCUCCCGCUCCUCCUCCUCCUCCAUCUCCUCCUGCUCCUCCAUCUCCUCCUCCUCCUCCUCCUCCAGGCAGCCUCCAGCCUGCCCCCCCCCUCCCCUCCACUGCUCCUCUCUAGUCCCUGUCCUCUGCCUCUCUCUGAGGCGGGUGCUGUGGCUGGGCAGGCUAAAGGACUCAUGGUGCUCUCUACCCUGGCUGCUCUUUAUCUCCCUGGCCUCACACCACAUCAGAGACGGGGUCCGCCGUGGCCUGUGGGUGUGUCCGUUCGGCAACACGGCCCCCAUCUCCUAUUGGCUGUAUGUGAUCAUCACAGCCACCCUGCCACACCUGUGCUCUGUGCUC